AUGAGGCCCCUGGUCUGCUGCCUGGGGCUGGCUGCGCUCCUGGGGCCCUGCCUGGCCUGUCCCAGCCCCUGCUCCUGCUCCACCAAGAAGAACGGGCGGCUCUUGGCCGAGUGUGCCUACAAGGACCUCCAGGAGGUUCCCAAGGGGCUGUCCUCCAAUGUGACCAUCCUCACCUUGUCAGCCAACAGGAUCAGCUGGUUGGGCCAGGCUUCCUUCGCUGAGGUUCCCGAAGUGCAGUCGCUGUGGUUGGGCUACAACCAGAUCGGGGUGGUGGAGCCAGGGGCUUUCUCCUUGUUACUGCACCUGAAGAACCUGGACCUGAGCCACAACAAGAUCAUGGAUUUCCCCUGGCAGGACCUCCGCAACCUCAGCGGUCUGCAGAUCCUGAAGAUGAACAACAACCGCCUGGCCGGGCUGCCCAGGGAUGCCUUCCACUCCCUGAAGGACUUGCGCUCCCUCUGGCUCAACGACAAUGAGUUGACCACCUUGGCCGAGGGCACCUUGAAUAACCUGCCAUCCCUGUCCCAGCUUCAGAUCUUCAACAACCCCUUUAACUGCUCCUGCAAAGUCUUCUGGCUGAAGAAGUGGACUGAGAACACCUCUGUGUCCAUCACCAAGGGGGGUUCUACCCUGUGUGUGGGUCCUGGCAGGAUGAAGGGCAGGGCGGUGACGGACAUCCCUGACCACCACUGCAUUGCCCCCUCCGUGCAGCUCACCUACCUGUCCAACCUGGACAACACGGUCAUGUACGAUGGCCUCACGCUGACCCUGCACUGCAGCGUGGCAGGCAGCCCUCCACCGGAGAUCAGGUGGAAGAUCCAGACCUCCAGCCGCCGCAUUGAGAUCAGUGGGCCCAACGUGGCGCGGGAUGGAAACGUCAAGCAGAGCCAAGAGCACUUCCUGGUCUUCAAGAACGGCACAAUGGCCAUUCCCAACUUUAGCAAGCAGGAUGAAGGCAUCUACACCUGCCUCGCUGUCAAUGAUGUGGGAACACGGGAUGUCUCGGUCAACGUGGCCUUGGCUGGGUCGGAGAAUCCAGCUGAAGAGCUGCUCCGAGAUGACCCCCACGCCGGCCACUUUGGGGGCCGGAGCUGCUACAAGGGGGAUGAGAUAGAUCCUUCUGGUACUGGAGAAAAGCUGGUGAUUGUUUACCACAUGCCGAGGGAGUCCAAGAGCAGGGCUGGAGGAGCAGUGCCCCAGGUCCAGCUGGGGACCCUCCUGCUGGCUCUGGGCAUCGCACUCUGCUGUUAA